UUCUGAUCAAAGAUCACAAAAGUCAGAGAAAUGAUUGAUUGUGAUUGUUAUUGAUUAUUGAUUAAUUUCAAGAUGAUUUAAUUGUUUGUAGUUUUUUUAUAGUUUAAUAAAUCUUUGAGUAUUGAACCUGUGCGACUGGUUCCUUGUCAUUUGUCGGAGCUGUUUUGGUGGACACAAUUAAAAUGAAUGUCAACCUGGAAUUAUUGUUCAUUUGUCUUUGCUUAUUUUUGGUAAUUAAUGUUACCACCGGUGUUAAUAAUAAUAAUGGUGAUGAUGGCAACGUGUUGACCAGCCAUUCAUCAUCUAAAUCAGCUAAAUCUGUGACAAUAUCUUUAUUUAGUAAAUGGAAUCAGACUUGCCUCUUCUCGGAGACAAGUGAAUAUCUAUGGGAGGAAUCACAUAACAUUUUCUGGACAUUUUUGGAAACAUUAACAAAUCAUCCAGUUGCGGAUAAUUAUAUUACCACAUCAACCUUUCAAGAUGAUUAUGAAAGAAUCCUUCAGCUUACUUUGCCUCUUUUGUCACCAUCAAAAAAGUCAAUCCUUAAGUUUAGUCUCUCUCUACGUUCACAUUCACCCACGGUGGAAAUGUUCAACCAAAUCUCCAAAGACAAAAGGAUUGACUUGGGUUUAGAUUCUGUAGAUGGUGAAACUGAAUCAACUGCAGUCACUGAUGGUGGUCAAUAUUGUCCUACCUUUGUUGAAUUUUCUCAACCCUCAUCCCAAAUUGACAUCCCAUUUGCUUGUGAUAUUGACUCAGCUAAAAGCACCUUGGCUCAAUUAUUAUCUACUCAAAAGGAAACUUCUUUCAUUCAUCCAUUAAUUUAUAAAUCCGAUCAUAUCCAUCCCAGAAGCUCAUCACAAGCUAAUCACAUCACUGCCAUAAUCUAUGGUCACUUUCCAAGCUCAUCGUUUUCUAAUUUGUACAAAUUUUUAAAAUCUCAGGUUAUUGAAACGGGGAGAAUCAAAUUAUUAGUUAGACAUUACAUUCCAUCUGUUAAACCCGGUAAAGUUUCACUCUCAGGUUAUGGUGUUGAAUUAGCAAUUAAAAGUACUGAAUAUAAAGCUCAAGAUGAUACUCGAGUCAAAGGAGAGGUCAGUUCAACGACUGCUGCUUUGGCUUCAUCGUCCGAUGGUCGACCCAAUGAACUCGAAGGUUUUGACUUUUCUACUCUGAAAAAAUCUUACCCUGAAGACGCUGGUAAACUGGAUGAAUUUCAAACUCAUCUUAUGGAAACAAUGAAAGAAAUUGCAACUCUCAAAGUCUGGGAACUUCAAGAUAUGAGUUUACAGGCUGCAAAGAAGAUAUUAACUUCACCCAAAGAAGAUCAACUGCGAUUAUUAAGAGAUAUUGCACAAAAUUUUCCUUCUCUUUCUCGAACAUUGAUUAAUAUUCCGGUUGACAACGAUCUUAAAAAAGAAGUUGAAAGAAAUCAACACGUUUUUAUGCAUCAUCUUAAUCUUGGUACCGCAGAUUCAGCUCUCUUUGUCAAUGGAAUGUUUUUUGACAUGGAUUCGACUGAUAUAUUUACACUUCUUCACUAUUUGAAGAAAGAAGUCAAACUUAUUGAAGGACUUCACAAAGUCGUUGGUCAAGAUGAGCAGAAAAUCAAGAAAUUGAUUAAAUUGGAUGUGACUGAUGAGAAACAAGAAUAUCAAAUUGACAUCAGAGAUUCAGCUGUGAUGUAUGUUAAUGAUAUUGAAAAUGACAAAAUGUAUCGUAGUUGGUCAUCGAGUUUACAAGACAUGUUAAGGCCAACUUAUCCUGGAAUGUUACGAAAUGUAAGGAAAAACAUGUAUCAUCUCGUGUUAAUAAUUGAUCCAAGCAAAAAGGAAUCAUUUGAUACAAUUAAAUUGGCCGAAUCGUUUUACCUUCACAAAGCACCACUUCGAAUUGGAUUUGUAUUUGCUGUUAAUCGAAACAUGUCAAUCAAUGGUUUAAAUGACCCAGGAGUUGGUCUUCUCAACGCUUUCAACUACAUUGCCGAAGAUAAAACUCCAUAUGAUGGACUUUCUUUCAUUACUGAUGUUAUUGCUUCAGUUAGUGGAAAAGAGGCUGAAGUUAAAGACUUGACCAGUGAAAAUGUUAUCAACCUAUUUAAGGCCAAAUAUCCUAAAGCCGAUCUUGAUUUAGUGUUUGGCUCGGAUUCUGGUUAUGAUACUGGACGCAAAUUGGCCUGGGAUUAUUUACAAAGAACUGGUCUGUCCUCCCCAAUGAAAGCUUUAAUGAAUGGAGUUGUUUUGAAACAAAAUCAUCUCAAUUCUGAACUUUUCGAGGAAGCCGUUCUUACGGAAAUAAUGAGACAAACGCCCACCAUUCAGAAAGCAGUUUACAAAGGUGAACUUACUGAUUCCAAAGAUGUUCUUGAUUGGUUAAUGUCUCAAAAAACGGUGAUGCCAAGACUUAAUCAACGAAUUCUUGGUAAUCGUGGUAAGAUUAUUGAUCUUGUUCCCGAUGAGACAAUUAUCCCUUCUAGUGAUGGAAAUGAUGUCAUUCCUAGUACUUUAAAUGCAAACAAUUUCCAAGCUUUAAUUAAAUAUAUUACCAGUAGUGAGAAACGUUGCUCACCAAUCACAAUUUGGAUCGCUGGUGAUUACGAGAAAAAGGAAGGAAGAAGAAUCUUAUUAUCUGCUUUAUCGUAUCUUCGAUCACACAAUCAACAUAUGAGACUCGGUAUAAUCUACAGUAAUCCAGGAUUAGUCUCUCAAACAAUAGAAGCUGCUUUGAGUACAAUUAAAGACUCCAAAUCAACACUCUCAUUUUUAAUCAAGUAUCUGGUUGAGAUUGAACAUGAUACAAGCCUUGACAACAUUUUGAACGCUCAUGAACUGAUUCCCUCUUCAGUUAAAUCUGAUUUUGAUGAAGUUUUCAAAAAUAUUCAACUGGAUACAACUUUAUUCAAUCUACACCAAGAGUUUGUUUCCACCCAUCUUGAACUCGAUGAAUCUAAAAUUGGAAUUGUGGUUAAUGGUCGAAUCAUUGACAUUCCAAGUAAUGAAUCAUUCAUCGAGGAUGAUUUUAGUCUCGUUGAAAGACACGGAAUGUUAACAUUUGGUACAAAAAUACUCGAAGUUUUAAGUUCAAGCGAUAAAUCAGAUUCUCAGCUUUGCAGUAAUCUCGUUAUGAAGAUAAGUAACGUUUUAUCUUCAUCGGCUAUAACUAAAAUACGACAUGAUCUUCAAAACUUUGGAUCAGAUCAUAGUGCAAUCAUUUUACCCGCAUCAGCACCCGAACUCCCGUCGUUAGAUGUCACAGCCAUCAUUGAACCUCUUUCUCGAGGUGCUCAGAAAUUGGCACCUAUUUUAAUGACUCUUCAAAAGGUUUUCAAUCUUAAUAUGAAAGUUUACCUUAAUUGUAUUGAGAAACAUUCUGAUAUGCCUUUGAAAAAUUAUUUCCGUUACGUGAUUGACAAUGAGAUGCAUUUCGCUGAUACCCAAGGAUCGAAGUUACUGAAUACCGAUGCGUUUUUUGGUAACAUGCCCUUGUCACCUUUAUUUACUCUUGGAAUGAUAACUCCCGAAAAUUGGUUAGUUGAAAGUGUCACAUCUCCAUAUGAUUUGGAUAAUAUUCAUUUAGAAGAAAUCGAUGGUCCAGGAGCUUGGGCUGAUUUCGAACUUGAAUAUUUGCUAUUAGAAGGUCAUUGUUUUGAACAGUCGACUGGUAAUCCACCUCGUGGUUUACAGUUUGUUUUAGGAUCUAAAAGUGAUCCCAAUGUCGCUGAUACAAUCGUCAUGGCAAAUCUUGGUUAUUUCCAACUAAAAGCUAAUCCUGGUGCAUGGGCCUUACGAUUGAGACCUGGAAGAAGUGACGAUAUUUACUCGAUUGUUAGUCAUGAAAAUACCGACCCUGUUUCCGACAGUUCAAAUGUAAUCAUUUUGAUUUCUAGUUUCCAAAGUAACGUUGUUAAAAUCAGAGUUAAUAAGAAGGCAGAUAAACAAAAUGAAGAAUUGCUUUAUGAGGAUGGAGAAGAAGAUGAAAAUAGUAUUUGGGGGUCCAUUAGUUCAUGGACUGGAGGAUCUAAGAAAAAAUCAGCUAAUGGUGUCCAAGAAAAGGAAACUGAACGAUUGAACAUUUUCUCACUUGCCUCUGGUCAUCUUUACGAAAGACUCCUUCGGAUUAUGAUGACAAGUGUAAUUAAACAUACGAAAACGCCGGUCAAGUUUUGGUUCCUUAAGAAUUAUCUUUCACCAACAUUCAAAGAUUUUCUUCCCUUUAUGGCGGAAAAAUAUGGAUUCGAGUACGAACUAGUCCAAUACAAAUGGCCACGUUGGUUACACCAACAAACAGAAAAGCAAAGAAUCAUUUGGGGAUAUAAGAUUCUCUUUCUUGAUGUCCUUUUCCCGUUAGAUGUCAAGAAGAUCAUUUUCGUUGACGCUGAUCAAGUUGUUCGAGUUGAUCUCACAGAGCUUCGUGAUUUAGAUUUAGAAGGUGCACCUUACGGUUACACACCUUUCUGUGAUAAUCGUGAAGAUAUGGAUGGUUUCCGGUUCUGGAAAACUGGUUACUGGGCAAACCAUUUACACGGACGAAAGUACCACAUUUCCGCCUUAUAUGUUGUCGAUCUUCAAAGAUUCCGUCGCAUUGCUGCCGGUGACAGAUUACGAGGACAAUAUCAAGGUUUAAGUCAAGAUCCUAAUAGUUUAAGUAAUUUAGAUCAAGAUUUACCGAACAACAUGAUUCACCAGGUUCCAAUUAAAUCUCUACCUCAAGAAUGGCUUUGGUGUGAAACUUGGUGUGAUGAAAACUCAAAAUCUAAAGCAAAGACUAUCGAUUUGUGUAAUAAUCCUAAAACUAAAGAGCCCAAAUUAACAGCCGCCAGAAGGAUUUUACCUGAAUGGGAAGCUUACGACAAUGAGAUUAAAGAAUUGAUGAAAGAGUAUGAAACAAUUAAAAAUCCAUCAUCAUCAUCACCUCCAGAGAUUGAAGUUGAAAGUAAACCAACAUCGAAACCACGAAUGCCCGGACCUGAGAAACAAUCAGAUCAAAUUAAUGAUUCACCCGCACAUUCAGAAUUAUAAUGGAAUAAAUUAUUUUGUAUAAAUAUUAUCAAGAAAAACGAAACAAUCAACUGAUUGUAAGUGACUUAAAUUGGGUAAUUGCGAAUGGUCAACUUUUGAAACCUGUCAACAACAAGUAACUUUGAUAAUUUUUCCACCAUCCUGGUGACAUUGUAUUGCCAAAAAGAAAGGAUGAAUUGUGUAAAUUAAUUAAUCACGAUUAAUUUUUAAUCCAUUUUCCUAUAAAUGUUAUAAUUUAACAAACAAAGCCCAUGGAAAUAUCAAGAGGAUAUUAAUUGUUAAUCAAAUUACAAGUUGGUUGAACUUUACUCUUCGUUCAAGUAAAUCACUCAGAGACUAUUCGCUGA